GGUGACGCCGUAAACACUCGGAGGAGAACGAGAGCAGCCUGCAGGACGCGCGCAGCAGGGGGACGCGCCCGCGUGAUGCGUCCGGCCCUACAAAAGCUGCCCCGAUUUUGUCCCUUGGCCAUUUUUUUUCUUGCUCCGUGCCCGGGAACUUGGACACGCUCCGUCACGCUCCGUCACGCUCCGUACCCCGGAUGCCCGUAGCUGCUGGUCCGAACUGAGUGAGCGCGGGAUCGCGCUCGGCGCGCCGCACCCCCCCUCCCUCCGCCUCAGCACCUGGAAACGGCGUACGGAGAUGAGAUGAGCUGGACAGCCGAGAGAGAUCGCCGCAUGUGCGCGUGCUGACCUCGACGGGGAGCCUUGGAUCGUGGACCCCCGGAACCCGCGUGCACCUCGCAGAUAAAGAGUCGCUCCGCAGCGCUGGACAUCGAUCGCCAUGAACUUCAUCGUGAAACAGGCGCUCGGAGGGGCCACCAAAGACAUGGGGAAGAUGCUUGGUGGGGAGGAGGACAAGGACCCUGAAGCGGAGAAGGAGAAGGAGGAGGAGAGGCAGGAGGCUCUGAGACAGCAGGAGGAGGAACGGAAGGCCAAAUACGCAAAGAUGGAAGCAGAACGAGAAGUCAUCCGCCAGGGCAUAAGGGACAAGUACGGCAUCAAGAAGCGGGAGGACGCGGAGGCAGAGGCCCAGGCCGCUAUGGAGCAGGCCUCCGAGGGGAGCCUUACCCGGCCAAAGAAGGCUGUACCUGCUGGCUGUGGGGAUGAAGAGGAAGAAGAGGAGAGCAUCAUGGACACCGUCAUGAAAUAUCUCCCCGGUCCCCUCCAAGACAUGUUUAAAAAGUAACACGAUCAUGGAUUUGUCUCUUGCCUCUUAGCAUUAGCUUUGUGAAGUUUUCCCUUCAGAGACUUAGUGUCGGGUCCAGCCGUUCGGUUCGUCAAUGUCAGCUUGUUCAGAGUUAUAGAAAUCAAUAAUAAAUGUACAUAAAAGCAAUUAAGAGUAUAAGCCAUACUUUGAUCGCCGAAGGAAACCUUGCCAUGCUGUUGUUCUUCAUAGCAAGGACCGAUUAGGGCAGCGCUCAUCACAUAGCAGCUUCUUCAUUUCUACGUAUGGUACAUUACUCAGCUUUUGUUAGUGUAAAAUUUUUUUUUUUCUUCACUUUUAUGCUGUCUUGAAUAACUUACUGAAUGUUUCUUCCCCCUGCAUGCCUGUGGUGAAGCCAGUCGUGUAUAUCUGUGAAAUGUCAGUUUCGUCAUUUUUCAAAAAAACUUUAAAGCAAUAACUGUGAUUCUCCAGUCUUGUCAAGGCUGAAAUAAUAAAGAAAGCACUUAUAUUGAAUGCAUUAAUCAUUAAACAUUAAAUGUCGGCCAUGCACGAGAUGUAGAAUGAAGCUUGAUGCAUGCUAUGGUGUCAUUACAUUAGCUAAACAUUUCACGUUUUAACUUGAAAAUGAUCUACUGGAUGCUUUUAGAGAGAACAGAGCGAUGUUUAAGAUAUCGGGCCUGAUUGCUUCUGCAUGUCCAUUAAUACAUUUAUAUUAGUAGAUAUUGUUGGUGAGAUCAAAUUUAAAAUGAAUGUCUUCAGUUUCUACUUCUUUCCCACGUUUAGAGAUUUAAAGAGGACAAAGGCUGGUGCAAUAUCAUUGUUUAUGUUGUCCUAUACCAGUUGCCUAAUUACAGAGGAAUGUAAUGAUAAAUGGACAAUAAUUUGCUGUUUUUGGCCUGUUACAUAGAAAAUAGUCAUUUGUACAUUACAGUGUUAUCUUCCUACUACAGGUGAUGAACAUUUAGUUAGUUAGACAUUUAGAGGUAAUUAAACAAAAUGCUGUGGAUUGUAAAAUGACAAGUACUUGUUUCACUGUUAAGUCGCAAAUUCUAAACUGGAAAACGUGCAAUUUUACUGAUGAACAUCUUGUAUGAAAAUCUAGCUGACAAUGAAGAAGAUUUAUUCAGUAGAGGAACAUAAUAUUUAUCCGUUAGUUGAAAUAAAAUUGUGAAACAAGAAAGCAUCAUUUAAGACCUUUGAAAGGAUUGGCUCCCAUUUGCUUUACACAACAGCACUGAAAAUGGUGAGGCUGCAUUUGUACCCAAAUGUACAGUAAUAAGUAAAUACCAGUAGCCGUAAUAAAAAUAUCAUUGUGGAGUGUCAGGCUACAGUUAUUCAGUAGAUUAUGUAUAUAUGAUGCAUGCAUGCUGACUGAAAAGCUCAGGGUUUGCAACACUGACCUUAGCAGCUGUUUGUGCAUUUUGUAAUUUUAGAACCCGUCAAACUUACCUUGCACAAGACAUAAAUGAAAAGGAAUUUGCUAGUCUAAGUUAAAGGCCAGUGACAUAUAAGCUGCACCAAAUAAUGGAUUUCAAGUUCCAUGCAAGAGCCAUAAUGCAGCAUCCAAGAAAUAAUAUCAACUCUUUGGGUGUUGUCUUUCUGAGUGAUAUGUGGACAGAACUCCAGAUGCUAUGGGGCUCACUGGGCCAAAUAAAAAUAAUUCCUUAAAUGGCCAUAAUAUAUGUAAAAAUCAUUAUAGUGAAUUACGUGCAAAACCACUGUAUAUUCAGAUGUACACAACAUGAAACUGGAAUGUGAAAUUUUCAUCUCUGUAACUGAUCUAAUACUGACGUAGUAUAAAGAUAUUGCUGCUAUGUACAAUACUGAUGGU